AUGCCUUCGCAAAGUCUAACUGCAGACGAGGCCGUGGCGAAGCUCUUGAAGUUCUCAAAGUUAACGCAUCACCGUACCUAUCUGAAAGACUCUGAACAAAAGCGAGUUGACGAUGCUUUUCAGCUCCUAACAAAUGGACGACCUUCAACGGAUGCGAAAGGUGCUAAGCAAAGAACAACAUAUCUGGAGACUCAACGGAACAUAAGGAAGAAGCACGGCGACACAGGGGUUGUUCUUUGUGCGGCUGGAUUGGGACCUUUUGCCAUUGCGAACAUGAGAGAUGAGGAGCGCGUAUAUUUGCCUUCUAAGCUGUCCGAAAAAUGGAAUGAAUUGGAGCUCGACGUCUUUGAGAAGCUAGCUGACGGAGUGACUCGAGACGCUACCCUUACCUCUGUUCAUGGUGAUGUUUAUGAGGUCUCCAUGGACGAUCUGAAAAAAAUCGCGGCGAUGCCAGGCCAAAUCACCGGCAUAAUGCGCCUAACCGACCCCUACAACAGAUAUCAAUCGUCCUUCGUCACAAUCCCAAUAUCUAGGGAGUUGACAGAUUCCUUAAUCAUAAAUCGUCAAAGAGUUAUCGAGUGA